UGCAUUUCCCGGCAUUCCCCGCGGGUGACGCACCGGUCCCGUGACUCCGCCUUGCUCCUCCCGGUCAGUGGAAAAGAUGGCGGACGAGGACGGGGAUGGGAUCCAUUCUGGGCAGCGGAAUGGGGGCGGAGGGUUUGGCUCUGUCGGGGGCCCCAGGGUGGUCCGGAUAGUCAAGUCCGAGUCCGGCUAUGGCUUCAAUGUCCGCGGCCAGGUCAGUGAGGGCGGCCAACUGCGCAGCAUCAACGGGGAACUCUAUGCGCCCCUCCAGCAUGUCAGCGCCGUCCUACCCGGGGGAGCCGCCGAUCGAGCCGGGAUCCGCAAGGGGGACCGCAUCCUGGAGGUGAAUGGGGUGAACGUGGAAGGGGCCACCCACAAGCAAGUCGUGGAUCUGAUCCGGGCCGGGGAGAAGGAGCUGGUUCUGACGGUCCUGUCGGUUCCGCCCCACGAGGCGGAGAAUCUGGAUCCCAGCGACGACUCCUCCGGGCAGUCGUUCUACGAUUACACCGAGAAGCAGGCGGUGCCCAUCUCCAUCCCCACCUACAAACACGUGGAGCAGAACGGGGAGAAGUUUGUGGUGUAUAACGUGUACAUGGCCGGCCGGCAGCUCUGCUCCAAGCGGUACCGGGAAUUCGCCAUCCUCAACCAGAACCUGAAACGGGAGUUUGCCAACUUCACCUUCCCCCGGCUGCCCGGGAAGUGGCCAUUCUCCCUAUCGGAGCAGCAACUGGACGCGCGCCGGAGGGGCCUGGAGGAGUAUUUGGAAAAAGUGUGCUCCAUACGUGUCAUAGGGGAGAGUGACAUCAUGCAGGAGUUCCUGUCCGAGUCCGACGAGAAUUACAACGGGGUAUCUGACGUGGAGCUGCGAAUCGCCUUACCGGACAAAUCCACGGUAACCGUGAGGGUCAAGAAGAAUAGUACGACGGACCAGGUGUACCAGGCCCUCACCGCCAAGAUUGGGAUGGACGGAAUUACAGCCAAUUACUUUGCACUCUUCGAAGUCAUUAAUCACUCCUUUGUCAGGAAGUUGGCCCCCAACGAGUUCCCCCACAAGCUCUAUGUACAGAACUACACCUCGGCCGUUCCCGGGACUUGCCUCACUGUCAGGAAAUGGCUCUUCACAACCUCAGAAGAGGCUCUACUGAAGGACAAUGACUUGGCCGUCUCUUUCUUCUUCCACCAGGCAGUGGAUGAUGUGAAGCGAGGGUACAUUAAGGCAGAAGACAAGUCGUACCAGUUGCAGAAGUUGUGUGAGCAGCGCAAGAUGCUGAUGUACCUGAACAUGUUGCGGGGCUGCGACGGAUACAACGAGAUUAUGUUCCCGCACUGCGCCUGCGACUCCCGCCGGAAGGGCCACGUUGUCACCGCUAUUAGUAUCAAGCACUUCAAGCUGCUGGCCUGCACCGAGGAGGGGCAGUUGGAGAACCAGGUGAUUGCGUUCGAGUGGGACGAGAUGCAGCGGUGGGACACGGACGAGGAGGGGAUGGCGUUCUGCUUCGAGUAUGCCCGGGGGGAGAAGAAACCCCGAUGGGUGAAGAUCUUCACCCCCUACUUCAACUACAUGCACGAAUGCUUCGAGCGGGUUUUCUGCGAGCUGAAGUGGAGGAAAGAGGUGGAAGAAGAGGCGACGGACAAGGACAAUAAGAAUUGCAGUAUUGACAGUACAUGCAGGAAGAACAUCUUCCAUGUUGUACGGCUGCAGCAGAAGGACACGAGCACCUAGCACCCCUCUCCGGGCUCGCAGGGACCGAGCCCCGCCCCUUUUCCUCGCCACGGCGGAGCUCCGUAACAAUGUAACGCAACAUCCAAUCAGCUUGGCCAGGACUGAAACAAAUGGAGCCACAAGCUCUGCGGCCCCUGGCUCUGUGUGUUGUAAUGCAUUGCGGGGGGGGUGGGGGGGGGCAACUGAUGUUACACAAGCGUUUUACCUCCCGCCGGGAUCCAUUUCAGCGCCAUUUACCCAUCAGUCCAAUUCUGUCACUCGCUAUGUAACGCUUCCUCCUCGCCCCUGUAGUGUCGAUCUGCCCCUAUUGCCCCAUUAACAUUACUACCAACCCCCCCUCCACCUUUCGGAUUCCAGAAUCGAUUGCUGCCCCCCCCCCCCCCUCCGCCGGCCAAUCAGGAAUUAGGACUGUGUUGUACGUGCACAACUACUGUGUGAACAUGUACAUACGUGUAUUUAUAUCCGAGCAACACGCCCCCCCGUAUUGUACGCACACGCGGAUCAAUCCCAUUAACGAGCCAUAAAAAGGAGGCAAUUAAGUGUGGGGCCCCCACCCAUGUCGCCAUUAUCCCUCGUUAGCUUCUGCCCUUAACCCUUAAACUGCAGCAUGGAACGGCCCUUUCCCAACACCCCUGUAAAUAGGAAAUGUAUACAUUUCAAUUAAGGCCGUGUCUAACGAGCGAAGACCCCCCCCAUUCCUGGACAUGGGUUGCUCCGUUCUUCCCCCCCCCCCCCUCAUACCGGGACAUGGGUUGCUCCAUUCUUUCCUCGCCUAUACCCGGACAUGGGUUGCUCUGCUCUUGCUCCCAUCCCUCUCCGAACAUGGGUUGCUCCGCUCACCCCCCCCCCCAUACCCGGACAUGGGUUGCUCUGCUCUUGCUCCCCCCCCCAUACCCGGACAUGGGUUGCUCCGCUCUCCCCCCCCCCAUACCCGGACAUGGGUUGCUCCGUUCUCCUCCUCUCUCCCAGGGACGAGUUUGCUGCAGUCUCUCUCGGGGGCGGAAGGACGUCAGUAUUUGGGACCUAUGGAGGGGAUAUUUCUCUCUUGGGGGGGGGGAAGAGGGUUAUUGUUGUGAGUUUUGGAGUUGCCUUUCGGUGCCCAAUGGGUUAAGCCGUGACGGUGCCGCUUCCUCUCCCAUCUUCCUCUUUGUGCGGGGAGUGUGAGAGAGGAAGGAAACUCUCUCUUACACUUGGAAGAGACAGCACAGGACAUUCUUCUGUGCUCACGUCCCGGGCACUUUGCCAUGUAACGACUCACAGCCCUGGCAAGAAGGAUGGCAGCGAUUUGUACCCUGACUGCCCCGCAUGCGUCUAACCCAGUUACCCCUCUGGUACUCGCCCCGUGGAACCAGCAGAACUCACAUGUAGGCGGUUCCGGUCGGGCACCAGGGGGAAUUGAAUGUAGGAUUAUGUAUAUUCUUUGCACACUUAAGAUUAUGGAAUGAAUCUGUUUCACCAAACCGCAUCAGAUUAUAUAGGGGGUUAAGCUCCGCCCAUGUGAUCCGCCUCCCACCCGGAGCAAAAGGAGUAUGAACUGAUGAUAAGGGGAGGUGCGGGUAUCCUGUUGUAAGGCUACAGCCUCUGAGGGGCUCACAGGAAGGCAAUAGGCCGGGCAGCGGCAGCUCUGUCCCCCUCGUUGGUCCCUUUCCUACAGGGGACGGCACGAUUCCACGGGAUUCGCUCUCGGCGUUCCUCGCUCCUUCAUUACUGAUCAAAACGAGCAUCUUCCAUUGGCGACGUCUGUAGCAAAAAAAGCAAUAAGUCACCCACAUGGGACUUCUUCGAGCCAAUGAAACUGUUUCUGGAAGAAGAGGUCUAGAACGUUGCCCUGAGAAUAAUCCUGCAGGGAUCAGUCUUGCAGGACAAUGGUAGUCUCCCAAUGGGUUCUCCUGAAACAGCAUGGACUUCUGUAGAGAUUGAUAGGUUGUCUUGGUGUUGUCUCCCCAGAUAGAGAUCAUGGAAGAGUGAUAGUCACUCAGUUUGUUCUCCCUUAGCAGUCUUGGCUUGGAGCUCCUACAUGAGAAGCUUAGACGUUGGCCCUGUAGACUGCCACCUUAAGAGAACCCAUACUGGUCCUUGAGAUAGGGUUCCUGUAGAAGAACUAGACUGUCGAACUUACAUGAUGGUCAUUGAGAUAAUGCUCUUACAAGAGAACUGUAGAUUGUCAACCUUUCAAAGACCGCUAAAGAGAAUCCUAGACACUCAUUGGUGUAGGGCUUGUGCAGGUGAACCUUAGACUGUCACCUGGAGAGAACGCAUACAGAGAGUGUCUAUACUGUUCCUUGAGAUAGGGUGCCUGUAGAACUAGACUUUCGACUUUUUGAGAACAGCUACAGAGGAUCCAUUGAUGGUCAUUGAGAUUUGGCCAUGGUGGGGAGACCUGUAGAUAGUCAACCUUUCAAAAACAGCUACAGAGAAUCGUAGACGCUCAUUGGGCAGGUGAAGUUUAGACUGCUGCCGGGAGUGGAUACCUGCAGUGAGUAGUAGACAUCCAGUGGGUUCUCGAGCAGCACUUCCCUACAUGAGAGCGCUGUCGGCCAUAGGGAUUGCCGACUGUCACUGGAGGGAAUGAUGUCUCUACUGAACUACGUUCCCUGUAAGAACGACUCCUACAAGAGGGGACCCAUCUGCAGCCCCCCAGGGUGAACUUUCUACCCCCCCCCCCCCCCCCCCCCCCCCCCCCCAAUCUCCGCACACUGCAUUGUUUUGUCUCUUAAUUUAUUUCGUUCUUCCUUCUCGGAGGAGACUAACCCAUUUUCCGGGCAGUGUAUAUUUUUUCCUGGUAUUCGAUGACGGCGAAACGUUUAACGAGAGAAAUAUCCCGACUCACAUCAGUGUUUUUUAAUUUUGUCGUUCUAGAGCUAACCACUCUAAUGUCGUUUGGUAACAGUCACCAUAGUGUAAUUAAUUGUAACAUAUUCUUUUAAAUAAAUCAGUUUAUUGACGAGACUA